AAUUACUACGUACCCUCUCUCUCUCUCUCUCUCUCUACCCUCCACCUCUCUCCCUCUCUAAUUAAAUUAAGCUUUAAAGAGAACCCAUCUUUCUCCCCUUGAAUCCUCCUAUAUAAAUGGCCUUUGAUGUUCAAAACCAACCACCACAACCACUUGAACCACACCCGGUUCAUGCUCCUAUUCAAUUAGACUUUUCUUCUCCCUCUGCAAAAAAUAAAUUUCCUCCAUCUCCGGAGUGGUGAAAAUAUUUUUGCGGGUAAGGAAACAGGGGAAGAAAAUGAGUCGCCGGAGCGGACCGAAGCUUGACCUGAAGCUGAAUUUAUCGCCGCCGAGGGCCAACCGCCACUCGGAAUCACCGGCGACCACGUCGCCGACGUCGCCGCCGAGUUCCUGCGUGUCGUCGGAGCUCAACCAGGACGAGUCGACCCUCCGGUACUCCAACAGCCCCGAGGCCACCUCCAUGAUGCUGGUGGGCUGCCCCAGGUGCCUCAUGUACGUCAUGCUAGCCGAGGCCGACCCACGGUGCCCGAAGUGCAAGAGCACCGUCUUGCUCGACGUUUUCAACGAAAACCCCGCCGCCACUACUACCGUCGCCGUUAACAAGACUAAGAAGAGCUGAAGUACGCGGCCUCUGUUUGAAGAAUCUCAGCUAUGUUAGGAACUUUUUAACUUUUUUGUUUUCCUGUUCCUUGUAAUGUUUCGAGCUAACGUUAUUUAUGCUCCGUUUUUACUACCAAGAGUUAAAAAGCGGAGCUUAAAUAACGCUAUCUCGUUCUUUUUUUUAACCUAUAGGAUAUGGGUGAGUUUGGUCUCUUUCCCCCUUUAGCAGAACGACACCGUUUCAUGGUGUUAUGAUGUCCAUCUGCAAAUUUUCUCAUCUAAGAUGUCGGUUUAUUUCUUUCUGCUUUA